AUCUCAACGGUAUACUGCGAUGAACGCCGCCUUUCGAGCAGGAUGGACACGGUCGUUUUCCACGUCCAGGCCAAGAUUCAACCGUGCUAUCGUGUAUAGUCAGAACGGGAAUCCAGCAGAGGUCCUCAGCGCCAUGACUUUAUCCAAGCUGGAUCCCCCGAGGCCAUCCACCGUCAAUGUCAAGUUCUUACUCUCAGCAAUCAACCCUGCUGAUAUCAAUGUUAUCGAGGGCGUCUAUCCUGCAAAGCCUCAGCCUGUGCAGGGAACAGGCUCAGACAGUGUAUUCAUUGGAGGAAACGAAGGGCUAGCUAUCGUUACAGCGGUUGGCGAAGGCGUCGACUCCGUGAAACCCAACGAUUGGGUUAUUUCAACAAAGGCUCAGGCUGGCACCUGGACGGCAGUCAAGAACAUCUCUGCUGAAGAACUUCUUAAGAUACCCAGCCCAGAAGGACUCAGUGAAGUUCACGGGGCAACUAUGACGGUCAAUCCCCCUACAGCAUACAAUAUGCUCAAUGAGUUUGUCGAUCUCAAACCCGGUGACUGGGUCAUCCAAAAUGGCGCCAAUAGUGCUGUCGGCCAAGCAACUAUUCAAAUAGCCGCCGCUCAAGGAUUGAAAACAAUUAACUUUGUCCGUAACCGGGACAACAUCGCUGAUCUAGUACAAAGACUGGAAGCCUUGGGUGCAAAUAAGGUGUUCACCUAUGACGACCUCAAAGACCGAGAGCUUCGUAAAAAGAUCGCUACCUUGACUGGAAACACGGAUAUUCGCUUGGGACUGAACUGUGUCGGUGGACCCGAGACGACACAAAUGGUAAAACUCUUGGGCAACAACGCCCAUUUGGUAUCCUACGGCGCGAUGUCCAAGCUACCACUCUCAUUCCCGACAUCCUUGUUCAUUUUCAAGAACCUCACAGCCCACGGAUUCUGGCAACACGGUUGGUAUCAACGACGGAGCCGCACCGAUCGCGAAGAUCUAAUGCGCAAGUUAGUUGACUUGACGCAACAGGGCAAGCUCAAGGAACCUGAGCAUGAAGUCAUGACGAUUCCUGCUCAUGAAUCCGAUGAAGAAGCGACAGCACGAGUCAGGAACAUUUUCAAGGCAGCGCAGAGCCACGGAAAGAAAAUCUUGCUCAAGCUGGAGAGUUUCUCAUAGUUACACAAGAUUGAAUGAAAAUGGAAAUAAUGUCUGUCGUUAUUAUAAACAGUGCUACCGCAUUUGCCUGU